AUGACUGAAUUUUUUUUGGUGGCAGUGGGAGAUGUGGAUGACGGCGGCCCCGGCGUGACAAUGCGCGACGCCGACUACAGCAACACGCACCAAAAUCACUACUACUUUUUGUACGAAAAUGCGCGUGAUGAGACUCCGUGGAAGUAUACAUUGCUCCAUCCUGGCGAGACAGUCUUCAUUUCGGUCUGCCCUACCUUUUCAGGUCGCAUCGUUCGCGGCAGGCUGGACGAGAACCUUGACGGGACGGCCAAGCACAAUCUGGGAACUUGGAUCGAGGUGGCUUGGGAAGCGCAAGACAAUACCACGGCGUCAAACUCGUCAACGCGGUCUUGGGGAGACGUCUCGCUGCUUGAGGGGUGUGAUGGGGGAGCGGUGAUGCUUGCUACGGAUGGGAGUGGGGUGGUGACUGGGUUCAGUCGAAACAUUCUCAGGGAAGCGCCAGAGGGUGCGCUGGCGAGAAAGGCGAAUGGGAGUCUUGUGCUGGGCAAGACUGUUGGGUCUGAGGCUAAUGAAGAGGCGAUGAGGUGGGAGCUCAAGGUGUUGGACCCGUUGAGGGAGGCUUUUAUUGUUGAAGAUGUUAAGCCGGUGAUUGUGACGGAGAAUGGGAGGUGGGAUUUGACAUUUUACGCUGGGAUUUAUUGA